AUGAAUAAUUCUUUUCGCAGAAGAGGUUCUUCUGUUUCUAGGAAUACAUCAUAAUAAAGUAUGACAUCAUCCUAGCAAUAAAGAAUGAAUUCUUAAAGAGAUUUCAAUGGUGAAGAAUAAGACUAGUAUUAGGAUAUGGAUUAACAAUAGUACUAUAGCGAGAAUCCUCAAUAACAACAAUAUAAUUAACAUGACAAUAACUAAUACUAUAGCAAUGGAAAUUCUAAUAAGAAUGAUUAUUCAUAAUAGCAGCAAUAGUUUUAGUCUUAGUAAGCAAAGAUGAGUUAAGCAAAGUAAAUGCUUGUAAAUAGAUUAUUUCAAAAGGUCUAAGUAGGAAAUUUAAAUUAAAUUGUAAGGUAUAGAGGUAAUUCUUAAGAUACUUCUAUGACACCUAAAAUUGUUAUUGAUAAUUGGAAAUAAUAACAACUUGGUAAUCCUAAACCAAAAGAUAUUCUUCCUCCUAUAGUCAAAGCAGGUGCUUAAACUACAAAGGGAAAUAACCAGGAAGAUGGAAAUAAUCUUAGCAUGACAAUUAAUGAAUUAGUUAGACCAACAUCAAAACAAAUUUCAAAAAGUUUUCGUUUACAGGCUUUGGGUACAAAACGUGCAAACUCAAUAGGAUAAAAGAAUAAUUUAAACAAUAGUAGCAAUAAUAUUCCCGCAUCAAAUUUAUAACCACCAUUAAACAACAACGCUAUUAAUUUAUAUGAUAAUAGCUUUUCUUUAAUGCUGCCACCAUCUAGAAAUAUCAUUUCAAGGGAUAAAAAUAAAAAGCGUAUGAUAUAAGGAUUGAACUAAACAAUGAUGGAUCAAACAUCUUUUAAUUAAAUUGAAGAAGUAUAAGACAAUUAUCAAUAAGAUGGGUCUUUUUAUGGUGGAGCACCUUUUAAUGUUUCUUAUAAAAUAAAACCAGUGAAGAUAUUGAUGGAUGAGAUGAUUGGAACUAACAACACUUCAUUAGAGUAUUAUCAAACUCAAUAAAUGAAAAAGGUAUUUUAAAGCUAAGCUUCUAAAUCUGUCCUUAGAGAUGACGAUACAAUUGGUCCUGAUCAAUCUCAAUACAAUGCAGAUUCUUCUGGAAAUCAGAUCGAAAAGGGAUUAUAUAAGUAAGCUAGUGAUACAAAUAUUAUUGAGAAUAACGGAGAAACUUUCCUAUCAAGAGAUAUAGAUAGCUUCAUAUAAGCAGUAAGAGAAAGCAAGGUUCCUUUGAGUUAAUUUAUUUAUCUAGUAAAAAUCCAAUAAAACUCAAAUGAUGCAUAUAAUAUGAAAGUUGUUAAGUAUCAUGAACUGAAAAAAAAUAACAUAAACGAUUACUACACUUUGAGUUCUUAAGGUGUUACUAGAUUUGAAAAUAAUAAGCCAUCAGAUUUUGUGCAUUUAAGUGAUUGGCUUAAAGAGAGAGACUAGUUCAACGAAAUAAAGUCUUUGAAAUUUUUUUAGAAAUUUAGAAAAUGGAAAACUUUAAAGAAAUGGUGUAAAAUAAUUUAUCAAUAGCGUCACAAAUAACUUGGAGAUAUUCUCAACGAAAAAUUAUUUAUUUUAAAACCUAUUUAUUAAAAAUUACUUCUAAAUCACCGUGCUUUAUGCUAUGAUAUAGAAAAACUGAGAUUUGUCGAUGUGUAAGGAAGCGAUACCUUAACAUUACAAGAAUUUUAAGAUUUAUAGUAAAAUCAAAGAAGCGAUGUAGCUUCUAAAUUGGAGACUUUCUCUUAAAAGUUGCAUGAUAAUUGUAGAAAAGGAAUCAAAGAAGAAAUAGAUCAACUUCGUCUUAAAAUUCUAAAAGCAAAAUCUAACGAAGAAGAACAAAUGAGAGAAUAAGCUCAUGAAGUAUCGAUUAAGAAUCAAGUUAUGGAUGAGAAGAAACAAAUAUGGGAAAGCUUAGGUUUUCCUUAGGAUAUGAAUUACGGCUAAAGAAGUAUGAUGAGAAAUGAAUUUGUUAGAUUCUUAAGAUUAGCUUAUUUGCUUGAUUUUGUAGCAAUUUAGAGUCUAGGAAAUGUUUAUAUUAACUCAGCAACUGACUUUUUAUCAAAAAUCAAAGAAACAGCUGAUUGCGCUACUUAAAAUAUGAUUCUUGAAAGUGAUCCUGAUAAAUUGUACUAAGAAUUUGAUCCUAUGUUUAAGAUUGAUUUUAAAUUAAAAUAUGACUUGAAGAAUAUCAAUUAGAAUUUAGUUGUUUAGACAUAACAAUAUAGAGCUGCUAACUUGAAAAAAAAUUUGGAUGAUUUUGAUUUAGAGAAAUUUUCUGAAUUUACUAAAGAAAUUACAAAUGAAGAGGAGCAAUAACAGUAGCAAUAAGAAAAUAAAACAACUUUACAAGUUGAUGAAGAGUUAGACGAUGAUGACAUUAAAGUGAAAAGAGAAGCUGUAAACAUUCAUACUUCAUGGUUAUAAGUUUUGCCAAGUAGGAAAGAGUUUUUAGAUACUAUUUAACACAUAUUCUCAGAAGGAUUAGAUUGCAUUUAAAACAUCGAAAGAUGGAGCAAACAUUAGUAGUUUUUGAUUUAUGUCAAAGGUCUAGAAGAAUGGGACGAAAUUAUUGGUGAAAAAUGGACCAAACCAGAAAGCUACUCUUUAAAUCCUACAACCUGGAUUAAAGAGAGUAUGCAACAAAAUUCUUUUAUGGAAGACUGCUUCAAAGUUAUUGAGUCUUCUUUUAAGCGUAUCGAAAAAUUCUAAGAAGAAUUCAAGCCUUAUUUCAAUAUGUUUUGGAGAGAAAUUAAUUGCAAUAUUAGUAUUUUAGAAAAUCCUAGAUUACUAAGAUAAUAGAAAACAUUCUCAUUAGCUUUAAAAUGCUAUUAAGACAACACAGAAAUUUUCAAUAUUAAAUUCAUUCAGUAAGCUAAUCUCGGGCUAUUUAAAGCUAUUACAACCGAUUUAGCUAAAUAAAUUAUCCCUGAUCAUACAAAGAGAGUGCAUGAAUUGGAGACAGUUUUACUCAAAAUAUAUAGAGAAAGAUCGUAAAAAGUUAGACAGUGGCUAGAAUAGGCCCAGGGCGCUUUAAGUGGAGGUGUUACUGAAAUCGAGUAGUUUGUUGAAAGGAAAAAUGCUUUAGAUAGAAUUUACAAAGAGCAAUCAGGUAAAAAAGAUGAAUUGAUGAAUCUCGAUUUACUUCUUGGAUUGCUCAAAUCGAAGUAAGUGCAAGAGUUACAAAAAGCAGAUACAGACUUACUGCUAAAGCUUAAUGACUUAGACUCAAAGCUAAACACAGCAUUAAAUAAUGCAGAAACUUAAACUACCUAGGAUAUUGAUAAAUAAAAAUUAAAGCUGCAAGAUAAAAUUAAAAUGCUUAAAGAAAAAGCUGUUGAGCUGCUUGAAGAAUCUUAGAAUAAAAAAUAUUUGGAAAUGACUGUCGAUCAGAAAUUAAGAGAAGCAUAUGUCAAAGAAUUAAUUGACAUUGAUUAGAGAAUUAAAAUGUAAGAAGAUAAUAUGAAUAAAUACAUCUAAUAUGAAGAAAUUCUUGCAGUUUAAGAAACAGCAAAUUACGAAACACUUCUAAGCGCUAGAGAAUAACUCAAUUUAAGAUUGAGUAUGUGGAAAGGUAUUCUAGAAUUUGAUGCACUGUAAAAAGAUUGGGAAAAUCUUCCUUUUGCCUCAAUUAAUGCUAAAUAGAUUGCUUCUUAAACUGAGUAGUACAUACGUAUCGUUAAUAGAUGUAAGAAGAACCUUCCUGAAAAUAAAGUAAUUGACCAUUUAAUGAACAUGGUUUGGAAGUACAAAGAUACUAUGCCUGUUGUAACAGCCUUAAGAAGUGAAUACUUAACCGAAGACCAUUGGAGAGAUAUUAAAGCAAUAUUAAAAAGUGACUUUAGCAUUGAAGAUGCCGAUUUUACUCUUAAGAAGUUACUUGCUCUAUAGGUUGAUAAGCACUAAGAAGAUAUAAUGGACAUAUCAGUUCGUGCAGCUCAAGAAGAGAGUUUAAGAUAGCAAAUCGACUAAGUUGAAAAGAGAUGGGAAGAAGUAGAAUUACACUUAAAAUAAUACAAGGAUUCUAAUGAUUUAUGGGUUUUAGCAGAUGUAGAUGAACUAAUUUAAGAAUUUGAUGAAGGUUUGGCAACAAUUAAUAACAUUCUUGCUAGUAGAUAUGUCAGACCUCUAAGAGCUAGGGCAGAAAAAAUGUAAUAAAGUUUAUUGUUGCUUUCAGAUAUUGUUGAUAAAUGGGUUGAAUAUCAAAGAAAAUGGAUGUAUUUAGAAAAUAUUUUUAGUGCACCAGAUAUUAAAAAGAAUUUGCCUUAAGAAUCUCACUAAUUCGAUGUGUGUGACAAAUUCUUAAGAUAACUUAUGAAAAAAACAUCUAUGAAUCGUAAAAUAAUUAAACUUAUCAAGUGGCCUGGUACUACUUUAAACGAAAAUCUCGGUAAAAACUGUGAGGCUUUAGAUGUUAUUGAGAGAUAGUUAGAAGAUUAUCUUGAAUUGAAGAGAUAGUCUUUCCCACGUUUCUACUUCUUAUCAAAUGAUGAAUUGCUAGAAAUUUUGGCAAAGGCUAGCAAGCUUGAAGAAGUUGAACCUCACUUGGGUAAGUGUUUUGAAGGAUUAGUUAAGUUAUAUAUGGGACCUGAUAAAACUACUUCAAAUAGUAAUUUAAUAUAUGGUAUGAUAUCACCUGAAGGUGAAGUUGUAGAAUUUUCCAAGUAUGUUUAAGCCAAAAGUAAUGUAGAAGUUUGGCUUGAUUAUCUGCAAAAAGAAAUGUUUGAAUGUAUCAAAAAGAAAAUGAGAGAAGGUUUACAAGAAUAUAUGGAUGGCAAGAAGAAACGUAAUGAGUGGAUUUUAACAAACAAAGGCUAAGUAGUGGCUACAAUUAGUCAAAUUUUAUGGUGUUUAAAUACCCAAGAUUAUUUAAUUUUUGAUCCUAACAAUACUGAAAAAGGUAAUAUGUGGGAAUGGUAUGAAGUCUGUGUUGGAUAGCUCUAACAAUUAACUGCUUUAGUUAGAGGGGACUUAUCAAGUUUACAUAGAAAGAUUAUUGUUGCUCUUAUUACAACUGAUGUGCAUAAUAGAGAUAUUGUAGAAAGAUUAGCUAAUUUAAGCAUAGAAAGUGUAACUGACUUUAAUUGGUAAUAAUAAUUAAGAUAUUAUUGGGACGAAAGACAAGAUGAUUGUGUGAUCAAUCAAGUUACAGCCAAAAUAACAUACGGUUACGAAUAUUUAGGUGCUACAUCACGUCUAGUUAUUACUCCUCUUACAGAUAGGUGCUGGAUCACUAUUACCUCUGCUCUAGAAAACAAAUUAGGUGCUGCUCCUGCUGGACCUGCUGGUACAGGAAAAACUGAAUCCACAAAAGAUUUAGCUAAAAGUUUAGGUAGAUUAUGUAUUGUCUUUAACUGUUCUGAUUAAAUCACAGCUGCUAUGAUGAAUAAGCUUUAUUCAGGAUUAGUUUAAUAAGGUGCUUGGGCAUGUUUGGAUGAAUUCAAUCGUAUUGAUAUUGAAGUACUUUCAGUUAUUGCUUAGUAGUUGCUUACAAUUCGUAUAGCUUUGUUAGCAGAAAAGGAGAAAUUUGAAUUUGAAGGUAUCGAAAUACCUUUAAAGAACACUUAUGGUGUAUUUAUUACUAUGAAUCCUGGUUAUGCUGGUAGAACUGAGUUACCUGAUAAUUUAAAAUCACUUUUCCGUCCUGUAAGUAUGAUGAUUCCAGAUUAUGCUAUGAUUGCAGAAAUUAUGCUUUUUGCUGAAGGUUUUGAAAAUGCACAAACACUUUCAAAGAAAAUGGUCUAGCUUUAUAAGUUAAGUUCCGAAUAGCUUUCACAGUAAGAUCACUAUGAUUUUGGUAUGAGAGCAGUCAAAUCCCUACUAGUUAUGGCAGGUUCUCUCAAGAGAGCAGAAAGCAAACUUAGUGAAGACAUCGUUCUAAUUAGAGCCAUGAGAGACUCAAAUGUUCCUAAAUUCUUGAAGGAUGAUUUACCUCUUUUCUCUGCUCUUGUGUAGGAUCUUUUCCCAGGUGCAGAAAUUCCAGAAGUCCAAUAUGGUAAUCUUGAGUUUGUGAUUCAUUAAUGCUUAAAAUCAAGUGGACUUUAAGUGGUUGACACAUUUGUGACUAAAAUUAUUCAGUUAUUUGAUACUAUGAAUGUACGUUUUGGUGUUAUGCUUGUUGGCCCUACAGGUAGUGGUAAAACUGAGUGCUAUAAGAAUUUGGCAAAAACAAUGAGCACUUUAAGAAAGUAAAAUGAUCCAGAUUAAAGGUAUUAAUAUGUAGAUUAUCAUGUUUUAAAUCCUAAGUGUAUUACUAUGGGUGAGCUAUACGGUGAAGUAGAUGUGUUCACAUAGGAAUGGAUGGAUGGCUUGGCUUCUUCCAUAAUCAGAAAUGUAAAUACUCCAGGUCUUGAUGGAACUUGGGAUCCUCGCCAUAGAGAUUGGAUUGUUUUUGAUGGUCCAGUUGAUGCUCUUUGGAUUGAAAAUAUGAAUACUGUAUUGGAUGAUAACAUGACUCUUUGCUUAGCUAAUUCAGAACGUAUUAAAUUGAGAUAAGAAUUAAGAAUGGUCUUUGAAGUUUAAGAUUUGGCUGUAGCUUCACCUGCUACAGUCAGUAGAUGUGGUAUGGUCUAUUUAUGCCACGAAGAUCUAGGCUGGAUGCCUUAUGUUAAGACUUGGACUUAAAACUACAUUAACACAACCAGUAAAGAAGAAGCUGUUAAUCAUGGAAAGAUUUAUAUGAGUAGGAAUUGUCUUGACGGAUUAAUUAAUAUGUUUAAUAACACUUUUGAUUAAACUUCUAAAUUUACAAGAAACUUUUAUGAGCCUUUCCCUACAAUUCAAAUACAAUAGGCUAAUAAUAUGUGCAAUAUCCUACAAGUUCUGUUAAAAACUUUAAUAACAAGUGAUUCAGAUGAGGAAAUACUAAAAAGAAUCAAUUACAUGUAUGUCUUCUCAUUGAUUUGGGGUGUUUGUGGCUCAGUUAGUCAAAAGCAUUACGAUACCUUGGACGUAUAUUUUAAGGAUACAUUCUAAUAGCUAAGAUUCCCUAAGUGUGAAACUAUUUUCGACUUCACUGUUGAAACUAAUUAAUAGAAAAAUUUCGUCCCUUGGGAAGUAAAGCCAGAAGAUUUUGCUUAUUCUAGAGACACUCCUUACUUUAAUUUGCUAGUUCCUACUGUUGAUACCAAAAAGAUUACUCAUAUAUUAGAAAAGCUGAUAUAUAUACAGAAACCUUGUCUUUUUACAGGUGAUACUGGUGUUGGAAAGUCUGUUAUUGUUCAAAAUUUCUUAUAUAACGCUAAAAAUAAAGAUGUUAAAUCAGAAAAAGCUACCAUUAAUGGUAUUUUCUUAAACUUUUCAGCAUAAACUAAUCCAAAACAGACACAACUUGCUAUUGAAUCGAAGCUUAAUAAAAAGGGUAAAACUCUAUUUGGUGCACGUCCAAACGAAAGAAUUGCAAUCUUUAUUGAUGACGUUAACAUGCCUGCAUUAGAAUCAUAUGGUGCAUAACCUUGUAUUGAAUUGCUGAGAUAACUCGCUGAUAAAGGAGGCUUUUAUGAUAGAUAGAAGCUUUUCUGGAAAAAUAUUGAAGAUACCACCUUAAUAUGUGCAGGUGCUCCUCCAGGUGGUGGUCGUAACCCUCUUACUCCUAGAUUUGUAAGGCAUUUCAAUGUAUUCUGCUUGCCUUAGCCUUCAAAUUCUACUAUGGAAUAAAUUUUUGGCUCAAUUAUGAAAGGUUUCACGAGCAGCUAUAAUUUCUCUGAAGGUGUGAAAAAAUCUCAUGAGGCAGUGGUAAAAUCAACAAUAGAUAUCUACAACAUCAUUUGCAAAGAUUUGUUGCCCAUUCCUUCUAAAUUCCACUAUAUAUUUAACUUAAGAGAUGUUUCUAAAGUAUUCUAGGGAAUACUAUAAGUCAGACCUUAAUCAGUUAAUAGUUUAGAAUCUCUUACUAAACUUUGGAUUCAUGAAACUUCCCGUGUUUUUGCUGACAGGCUUGUUAAUGAUGAGGACAGAGGUUGGUUCAAAAACUAAAUCACUAGUAUGGUUUCAAGAUAUUUUAAUUUAUCGUGGUCAUAAGAAGAAAUAUUUACUGUACCUUUCUUAUUUUCUGAUAUCUUAAAGUUAGAUCUCGGAUAAAAUAUAUAUGAAGAAAUUACUGAUAGACCAAAAGUUAUCAAAAACCUUGAAGAAAAGUUAGAAGAUUACAACCUUUCAUCAAAUGAUAAAAUGAAUCUCGUUUUCUUUGAUGAUGCUAUGGAACAUAUUGUAAGAAUUUCUCGUAUUCUCAGACAGCCAAGAGGUAAUGCUAUGCUUAUUGGAGUUGGAGGAAGUGGCAAGUAAAGCUUAUCAAAGUUAUCUAGUUUUGUAAUGAAAUGUGAAGUAUUUUAGAUAGAACUUGUAAAAAACUACAACUCUUAAUCAUUUAGAGAAGAUUUGAUGAAAAUCAUGAACAGAUCUGGUGUGGAAGGCAUUCCUACCUCGUUUAUCUUUACAGAUGUUUAAAUCUCAAGUGAGAGCUUUUUAGAAGAUAUAAAUAAUUUGCUUAAUACAGGAGAAGUUCCUAAUUUAUAUGCAAAGAAAGAAGAUUUAGAUAAUGUAAUUAACAAUAUUAGAACAGUUGCUGUUAAAUUAAAAAGACCUGAUUCUCCUGAGUCUUUAUGGAGUUUCUUUGUUGAAAGAGUUAGAGAAAAUUUACAUAUAAUUUUAUGCAUGUCUCCAGUAGGUGAAGCUUUGAGAGUAAGAUGCAGAAAAUUCCCUUCAUUAGUAAAUUGCUGUACUCUUGAUUGGUUCCCUCCUUGGCCUAAAGAAGCCCUACUAUCAGUUGCCCAGCGUUUCUUAGGUCAAGUAGAAUUACCAAGUCUUAACAUUAGAGAUUCUUUAACCGAAAUGUGCAUGAGAGUUGCAGUCGAUGUUUCUCAAUAAUGUGAUUUAUUUUAUAAAGAACUAAGAAGAAGGAUUUAUACAACUCCUAAAAGUUAUUUAGAUUAAAUUAAGUUAUAUUGUAAAUUGUUAACCAAGAAGAGAGAAGAAAUGUUAUCAGUUAAAAAGAAAUUGUCAGAUGGUUUAGAAAAGCUCUAAACUACAAAUGAUAUUGUUGCUCAACUUAAAGUUGAAAUGGAAGCACUAUAACCUUAACUUGAAGAGCAAUAAAUUAAAACUGAUUAAUUUAUUUAAUAACUUUCUAUUGAUUCUGCUGAAGCAGGAGAGAAAGAAUUAGCAGUCUCAAUAGAAGCUGAAAAAGUAAAUGAGCAAGCUCAAGAAAUCAAAGUUAUUUCUGAUGAAGCUCAGACUGAAUUAAAUAAGGCUCUUCCUGAUCUUUAAAAAGCCGAGGAAGCACUGAAAAGUAUUAACAAAGCAGAUAUAGAUUAAGUCAGAACCUAUAAAAAACCUCCUGAGAUUGUAUAAAUGGUUUUAGAAUGUGUUUUAUGUUUGCUUGGUGAAAAGAAUGACUGGGAAAGAGCACUAAAGGUUUUACAAGACAACUUUAUUGAAAGAUUAUAGAAAUAUGAUAAAGAUAGUAUAGUAGAGAAAAAUUUGAAUAAGGCUAGAGUUUAUUUUAAAAAACCAGAAUGGGAUCCUGUAAAUAUUUAGAAGGCUUCUUCUGCUUGUAGCUCUAUUGCAAAGUGGUGUAAUGCUAUGGAUAAUUAUUCUAAGGUGGCUAAAAAUGUCAAUCCACUCAAAGAAAAGGUUAGAGAUUUAUAAUCUAAAUUAGAUGUUAAAAAUAAUGAACUAAAACUCAAAAUGAAUGAACUACAAAAAGUGAAAGAUAAAGUAUAAAAAUUACAAGAAGAAUGUGACAAGACAGUAUAGAUCAAAAAGCAACUUGAAGAAGAAUUAGAGAGAACUAAGAAUCGUUUAAUUGCUGCUGAAAAACUUUAAGAUUUAUUGGCUGAUGAAGGAGUAAGAUGGAAAAAUUAAAUUGCAACUAUUGAUGUUACUAUUUAGUAGCUUAUUGGUAGUGUUUUCUUGGCUUCUGCAUCUAUAAAUUAUUUGGGAGGAUUUAUCAGUAAAUAUCGUGAUCCUAUGACUAAAUCCUGGGUCGAAGGUAUGCAAGAAUUAGGUGUACCAAUGCCAGAAAAUUAUUCAUUGGCAGAUACUUUAGAAACGCCUAUCACAAUUCGUGAUUGGAAUUUGUAGGGACUUCCAAACGAUGCUUUCAGUAUUGAUAAUGGUGUAAUUACUAAGUAAUCAGAAAGAUGGCCUUUGAUGAUAGAUCCAUAAGGAGAAGCUAACAAAUGGAUAAAGAAUCAUGAAAAAGAUAACAAUUUAAAAAUCGUCAGAUUCAGUGAAUCUCACUUCUUAAGUGUAAUUUAAGGAGCUAUCAGCUCAGGUUAUCCAGUACUUAUUGAAAAUGUAAGUGAAAGGCUCGAACCUUCUAUAGACUCUGUGCUUCAUUAACAGACUUUCGAAGUUGAUGGAAGAAAAUUAAUCAGAGUAGGAGAUAAAAAGAUAGAUUAUGAUAAUAGGUUCAAAAUGUAUAUCACAACAAAAAUGGCUAACCCACACUAUCUUCCUGAAAUAUUUAUAAAGGUAACAGUAAUAAACUUUAGUAUCACUUUCUAAGGUCUUCAAGACUAGCUCUUAGGUGAUGUCAUGAAAAAUGAAAAGCCUGAAAUAGAAAAGCAAAGAGACGAAACCACAGUUUCAAUUGCGAAUGCCAAAAAAACUAUCAAAGAAGCUCAAGAUAAAAUCUUAGAACUUUUAGCUAAUUCAAAAGGUAUGAUUUUAGAUGACAUAGAACUUAUUGAAACUCUAGAAAAAUCAAAGAAGCAAUCUGCAGUUAUUGCAAAAGAUCUAGUAGCCGCUUAAUAAAUUGAAGAAUAAAUUAACAUCAGUAGAUCUCAAUAUGUUCCUGUAUCAAUCAGAGGUACUGUACUCUAUUUCGUUAUAAGUGAUUUAUCUGGUAUUGAUCCUAUGUAUUAAUAUUCGUUAGCUUACUUCAAGAAAUUGUUCAAAAUAGCUUUGGAAACAUCUUAGCAAACUAAUGUUUUAGAAGAAAGAUUAUUAAAUUUAUCUGAAAAUAUUACAAAAACAUUAUUCAUGGAUAUUUGUAGAGGUCUAUUUAAUACCCAUAAGAAGCUAUUUUCAUUUUUAAUUUGCACAGCCAUUAAAAGACAAAGAGAAGAAAUUACUUAAAAUUCAUGGAAUAUUUUAUUGCGUGGACCAGCUCUUACAAUUAAAGAUACUUCUAGAAUUCCUGAUAACCCAGCAAAGGGAACAAUCUCAGACAAAUAAUGGAUUACACUUUUCGAAUGUUCCCUUUAAAUCACACAAUUCAAAGAAAUUCCUAAUCUAAUCAAGAAAGACAUGGCUUCAUGGGCUAGCUUUAUAUAAAGUGAAGACAUAUACCACGAAAAGCUUCCUAAAGGCUGUGAAGAAAUAGACAGAUUCUUGAAACUUAUUCUAAUCAAAAUUUUCAGACCUGAAAAAGUUAUGCACUCCUUCUCUCAUUAUGUUAGUGAUGAAAUAGGUAAAUUUUAUGAUGAAAUAGUGACUAGUAAUAUGGAAAGUGUUUAUAAUGAUAGUGAUUGCUUUACACCAAUUAUUUUUAUUCUUUCAUCUGGUGCUGAUCCUACUUCUCUUUUAUUAAAACUCGCUAAGUAAAAAGAAAUAUAGAUAAACUAAAUAUCACUUGGUCAAGGACAAGGUAAGAAGGCUGAAAUAUUAAUAGAAAAAGCUAAAAACUAAGGAACUUGGGUUUUACUGUAGAAUUGCCAUUUAGCCAAGAGUUGGAUGGGCAGCUUAGAAAAAAUAGUAGAAGCUUUCCCAUCUUCAAAUUUCAUUUAGAAUGACUAAUUUAGGCUUUUCUUGACAUCUAUGCCUGUUAAUUAUUUCCCUGUCUCUGUUUUAUAAAAUGGUCUAAAGCUUACUACUGAAGCUCCUAGAGGAUUAAAAGCAAAUUUAAAAAGAUCCUAUUAAGAAUUUAACUAAGAAUUCUUGGAUAGCUGCUCAUACAAACCAGUAUAAUGGAAUAGGUUGCUCUUUGGUUUAAGCUUUUUCCAUGCAAUAGUCUAAGAAAGAAGAAAAUUCGGUCCUCUUGGUUUUAACAAAGCAUACGAAUUUAAUGAUAGUGAUUUAGACAUUAGUACUCUAACAUUAAAAAUGUUCUUAAAUGAACCAACAGACGAAAUACCUUGGGAGGCUAUGCUCUACAUGACUGGUCAUAUUAAUUAUGGUGGUAGAGUUACUGAUGAUUGGGAUAGAAUAUGUCUUUUAAGUAUCUUGAAAAAAUAUUAUAAUGAAGAAAUCUUAAAAGAUUAAUGUAAGCUUUCUGGUAGCGGCAUCUACUAUGUUCCUUUAUCUGAUUAAGUUGAAUAAAUUAGAAAUUAUAUUGAAAAUCUUCCUAACUUUGAUGAUCCAGAAGUAUUUGGCAUGCAUGAAAAUGCUAAUAUUACUUUUAAUAGCUAGGAAUCUGUGAAAAUGAUAGAGACUGUAAUCAGCAUUUAGCCUAGAGUUAGUACAAGUGGAGGAACAGGUAAAACUUAAGAUGAAAUAGUUAUGGAUUUAGCUAAAGAUCUAGAGUCUAGAUUACCUCCUCUUUUAGAUAAAAACACAGGUAAUGCAGAGUUAUUCAAAAAAACAGACGCUGGAUCACUUCCUUCUCUCACCACAGUUCUCCUUUAAGAAAUUGAGAAAUUUAAUAGACUUUUAGGAGUUUGCAAAGACAGUUUGAGUAAUUUGCAAAAAGCAAUUAAAGGUUUUGUAGUCAUGAGUUAGGAAUUAGAUGACAUGUACCUAUCAUUUUUAAAUAAUUUCCUCCCACCAAUAUGGAAAAAAGUAUCUUAUUCUUCUCUUAAACCACUGAGCUCAUGGUUUAUUGAUUUGAUUGAGAGAGUGAAUAUGAUGAAAAAGUGGCUUGAAGUUGGUAAUCCUGUCUCAUAUUGGCUUAGUGGUUUCUAUUUCCCUCAAGGUUUCCUAACAGGUGUACUUCAGACACACUCUAGAAAAUAUAAAAUCCCUAUUGAUAGUUUGAGCUUUAAAUAUAAAAUAAUGAGCAUUGAUUAUGAUAAAAUACUUGCAGGUCCCAAAGAUGGUGUUUACAUUUAUGGAUUGUAUCUUGAUGGAGCUAGAUGGGACACUCCAAUGGAUUCUUUAGUAGACUAACAAAUAGGAUAAUUAUAUUCCACUAUGCCCAUGAUCCACUUUAAUCCCUAAGAAAAUUAUACUUAACCUGAGGAUAAUUACAGUUGUCCAGUUUAUAAAACAUCAGAUAGAGUAGGUGUUUUAUCAACGACAGGUCAAUCAACCAACUUCAUUAUAGCAGUUUCACUUAACACAAAGCAUGAAGCACCUGAAUUUUGGACAUUAAGAGGUACAGCUUUGCUUUGCUAAUUAAAUGAUUGA